CAAUUAUCAAAGCCACUCGCCCAACCUACUGUCCAGACACCACUCUCCAGCAAGCGUCCUGUGAAGACACCAAGAUAACGAAGUACGUAGCCCUGGACUGCGAGCCGACCUGGCGACCUGCGCUGCUGCCCCUGGCCGGCACUCCAGCGGCCCUGCCUCGCCUGAGUCACCUCAGCUCUGCCCUCCAAUCUCGUUUCUUAGCCUCUACCUCUCGCACUCCGACGGUCCGGCUUGUUCCCAGGAGUCCAGCUAAGUAUCUCCACCGCCGAUCGAUGAUAGAUUUGUCCGCAUAAGCACUCAAACCUUGAAUGUGUUGUGUCCAGGUGUAACGCAGAGAAGGAUUUUUUCCCGAGAACAGACUUCAGAACCAUGAGUCUCAUAGGCUACAAUGCCUUUACAAAACCAAACUUCUUUCUUGUACAUUAUGAUAUAUCUGCCCUUGCAAUAUGUCGAUCUCAAUUUAUUUUGCGUUCAAAGAAAACCCCAAUAAUGAGGCUAUGUUGUUCCGUUGUGAGUAGAACACUGUCUUCCAAAUCUGUAACAGGUCAUGAGAGUCAUAAAAAACAGAAAACUGAUGCAUCUUCCUUGUACACUCAUCCUAGUUUGUUGCAAAUGAAGAAUGAGAGGGUGGCAAACCGUGCACUUGUUUAUGACUUCUUGAGAGGGGUUGGCAUUAUGACUGACGAGCUAGACGGAUUAGAGCUUCCUCCCUCGGUUGAAGUCAUGAGGGAACGUUUGGACUUCCUUCACAAAUUGGGACUCACAAUUGAGGACAUCAACAAUUACCCCCUUGUUCUCGGCUGCAGUGUGAAGAAAAACAUGAUUCCCGUUCUCGAUUACCUCGGCAAAUUAGGUGUUAGGAAAUCCACACUCACCGGAUUCCUUCGCCGGUACCCACAAGUUCUCCAUGCAAGUGUUGUAGUUGACCUUGCGCCUGUUGUCAAACACCUACAAGGUUUGGACAUUAAACCAAACGACAUCCCACGGGUUCUUGAGCAGUAUCCAGAAGUAUUGGGAUUCAAGCUUGAGGGAACAAUGAGCACUUCAGUGGCAUAUCUUGUGGGCAUUGGGGUGGCAAGAAGAGAAAUUGCAGGUGUGCUGGUGAGGUACCCUGAAAUAUUAGGGAUGAGAGUAGGUCGGGUGAUCAAACCCUUUGUGGAAUAUCUUGAGAGUGUGGUAGGAAUCCAGCGGUCAGCAGUGGCAAAGUUAGUCGAGAAAAAUCCGCACAUUCUAGGGUUUGGGCUCGAAGAGAGAGUUAAACCCAAUGUGAAAUCCCUUGAACAAUUCAUGGUCAGGCGAACCUCAAUUCCUUCAGUCAUUUUCCAAUACCCUUCAAUUCUAGGAAUUGAUCUUGAGGAAAGGCUGAGAAGCCAACAAAUUUUCCUCAACUCGCUUUUAGGUCUAUGUCCAGAGGAUUUCGGGAGAGUUGUGGAGAAGAUGCCACAGGUUGUCAGUCUUAACAAUGCAGCUGUGAUAAAACAUGUUGAUUUCCUCAAGGCAUGUGGGUUUUCUUUAGAACAAGUAAGAACAAUGGCCGUGGGCUGCCCCCAGUUGCUCGCAUUGAAUAUUGAGAUCAUGAAACAAAGUUUUGCUUAUUUCAUUGGUGAGAUGGGUGGCAGGGCGUUGGAUGAGUUGGUUGCUUUCCCGGCUUUCUUCACUUACGGACUCGAAUCAACCGUGAAGCCAAGGCAUAGAAAGAUUGCAGAAAAAGGAUUAAGAUGUUCCCUUGCAUGGAUGCUCAAUUGCUCGGAUGAGAAAUUUGAAGACAGGAUGCAUUAUGACUCGUUUGGCAUAGAAGAGAUGGAAUCGAGUCCGACAUCCUUUGACAUGAACGUCCUCAUGCAACCCCAAAGCGAUGAUUCAGUCUAUGAUGAGGAUGAGGAUGAGGAUGAAGAUAGUGAUAGUGAUUGUAGUAUAGACUAGAUCAUCAGACUAUGAUGAGGAUGAUGUUGAUGACACUGAUAGUCAUUUAUAGUAUAGACUAGACUGUAAGUUUUUAUCAUUGCAUAACACAACUGUGUACCAUAUGUUUAAUUUAACAGUAUGCUACAGUGUGCAUUAUGUAUGCAGUAAUGCACGGUUGACGGUACUGCAUAAAGUCAUAAACUACCAGUCAUUAAUUUGGGACCUUGAAAACGCAAAGGGAAAAAAAGGGAACAU